AUGGCACCGCCCGCCCGGGUGCCAUCCUUCACGGAACGACACCGGGCACCGCGCGGGGAAGAAACGCGAAGGCGAUGCCGUGCGGUCAGUGCAUCCUACUAUCCUGCUCAGGGAUCACUGAGGCACUCGGCGGCCAUCGUCACUCUGCCCCACCUGCAGCAUCACUUCUCAGCCAACAUGAAACCGAGCAUGCCCGACUCGAAGCUGCCCUCGCUGUACGCCUCGUGGACGCUGUCGGCCUCCUCGGUGUCCUCCCAGGGCAGCGCCUCGGAGAGCGCUCAGCGCCAGAGCCGAGCGCUGAAGGCAGCGCUGCCCGUGGGGCACACAGCGCUGCGGCGCGGCCGCGGCUGCGCCAGGAAGAAUGGGUCCCUGCAGAGGCCGGGGCAGGCAGGGCUGCAGGCUGCCAGCUCCCUCCGCCGCGUUCCCACGGCCGGGCUGCAGCCGUACCCACAUGCUGGCAGCUCACCGCACAGCAGCCCCGCUGCCGGCACAGCUGAGAUGGGCACGAGGCCCAACUUCUCCCACGAAGCCCUGCCAGCACUCGUGGUCAGAGGAGGGGAAAGCAGGACUCCAUCGGUCUGCAGUUCGGUGAUCCUGGACACCACGGAGCCUCUGGCAAAGAGUGAGUCGGUGCCCCGGCCGCCCGCAUCAGCCCCGCCAUCCAUCCUGGUGAAGCCGGACACCUCCCGUAACAGCAGUGACAAGGUACAGAGUGCUGCCCACGGGCCCAUGGGUGCUGCUGGGGUUGGUGCCUGCCUUAAGCUGUCAGAUACUGGUGCUGCUGACUCUGCUUCGAAUUCAGCCCUUCGGAAAGGCAAAGUGCUGCAGGGUGUCCUUCAGAGGGGGCCGGUGUUCAUUGGUUCAGUGGCAGUGAUCAAACUUUCAGACGCUUUCUGAGGUCUUAUAUGAGGCAUGAAUCUCACUGAGGUCCCCAUAAAUCACAGAACCAUUAAGACUGGAAAAGACCUCUGAUAUCUGCAAGUCCAACCCCAACCCACCCCUACCAUCCCAUGGACCAUAGAAUGGCUUCGGCUGAGCGGGAUCCCAACCCCCAAACCACUAGGAGAGCCACCGACCUCCAACCACAUCCCCCCGUGCCACAUUUCCACAGUUCUGGAACACCACCAGUGUCAGUGACUGCCCCACUCCCUGGGCAGCUUGCUCCCACGCCCGACUGCUCUUU